AUGACGAUGUCGGUGACGUCUCUCGAGCCUCUGGGGGUCGAAGUGAAUAGGGGGAAGCGAAGAUGGUAUCUCGAUGCCAGCACUGGGUUAUUGUUUCCAAGCUCUCCGAUCUCUGCAUCACCCAGGUCGUCGAACCACGUCCCUCUUCAAGCUACAGUCCACAAACAAAGACCCAAGAUGGCGCAAACAUUGCUACAGACCCUCACCCAGACUGCUCAACAUGCGACCGGCAAGGCAAUGAUCCUUUACGGCUCCCCUCUCGAAAAAGGCCAUAUUACUUUGUCUUACAAUGCCUUGUCAAGGACAGCAGAUGAGCGAGCUUUGCAUUUACUCCCGCAUCUGAACCUUAAGAAUAACAAUAUUGUUCUCCUUCAUGUUAACAGCCAUUACGUUGCCAUAAUCUACUUUUGGGCCAUUGUUGCGGCCGGCGGCAUCCCCUGCAUGUCAACUCCGGUCUCGAAGGAUGGCUUGCCAAGACGGAAACACCUGACCUCGGUCCUAAAAUUACUGAACAACCCCCUUAUUAUCACGACCCAAGAGCUGGCAAAGGAUUUCGCUGAUCUGGGCAAUAUUCAAUUGAAAACUACCGAAGAGCUCGAAGCAACACCUACACAUCUUCUGGACAGCAAACUUAUUUCUCUGGGAGGCUAUAAGAAGUCCCAAGAUGAUGUAGCCGUCCUCAUGCUGACAUCUGGAAGCACGGGGAACUCGAAAGCCGUGGCACUCACACACAGCCAGAUUUUGCAUGCCGUUGUUGGUAAGAGCUUACUCCACCAUACUACCGAGGACGAUGUCUUCCUCAACUGGACUGGCUUGGAUCACGUUGCGAAUCUGCUGGAAAUCCACCUUCACGCCAUGAGUCUAGGAGCUAUUCAAAUUCACGUUCCCAGCGCAGCAGUUCUCGCAGAGCCGAUGGUAUUCGUGGAGAAGCUUUCGAAGCACAAGGUUUCUUACACUUUUGCCCCCAACUUCUUCCUUGCAAAUCUCGUCCGACGGCUCUUGGAAACACCCUUGAAGGAAGAGAACGUACAUCCGGCUCGGGUAGCCUAUCGACCAUCCAGCACGUUCCAAAUCCCCAUCAGACCGAGACAAAAUGGAGAAGAUCGAGUUCAAUUGCCUAAGAGAGCACUUGUCGAUUUGUCGAAUCUCCGAGCUUUGGUCUCUGGAGGCGAGUCAAAUGUAGUCCAGACCUGCGAAACGCUGACGAAUCUACUCCACCACUUUGGUGCACCAAAGUCAUUUAUUCGCCCUGGCUUUGGCAUGACAGAGACAUGCGCAGGCUCCAUUUACAACACUAUCGAUUGCCCUAUAUACGACCUUGGUAGGAACGCGGAAUUCGCUUGCCUUGGAGAGUGCAUUCCGGGUAUGAAUUUCCGAAUUCGCCUUCAAGACGGCUCCUCUGCUGCCGAGAACGAGGUUGGAGAGUUACAGGUAAAGGGUGAGGUAGUCUUCAAGUGUUACUACAAUAACAAGUGUGCCACAGUGAAGAGUUUUACGGAAGACGGCUGGUUCAAGACUGGUGAUCGAGGUUUCAAGGAUUCUAAAGGUCGUCUUCACUUAACUGGUCGCGACAAGGAUACAGUUGUUCUCAAUGGUGUAAGCCAUCAUCCGCAAGCAAUUGAAUCCGCAAUCGAGAUUGCAAAGAUUCCCGGUGUCACACCGUCACACGUUGCCGUCUUCGCGCAUCGAGCUACGAAUUCAGAAACUGAAUCUAUCGUCGUUGUCUACCUCCCAUCGUAUAAUAUCUCUGAUCCAAGUCCUAGAGUUCACGCAGCAGCAUUGAUCUCGAAGGUUGUGGUUACUCAUUGUGGCACGCGUCCUGACAAGAUUCUCCCCCUUGACGCAAACUUCCUCCAGAAGUCUUCUCUAGGAAAGCUUCCUCGGUCCAAAAUCAGAACAGCUUUUGAAGAGGGAAAAUAUGAUUACCUGAUCAAGCACGAUGAGGAACUGGUUGUUUGCUACAAAGACCCUGAAUUUGAGCCUGCUUCAACUGGAACUGAAUUCACCAUCGUCGAUGCUUGCAACUCGCUCUUGAACACCACUGGUGCCGAGCUAGGCGUCCAUAACGACCUAUUCAAGCUUGGUAUCUCAUCAAUCGAUCUCCUCAAGCUCCGUCUCCACCUACAGCGCAGCCUCGAUAUCCCCGAAAUACCCAUCACCGUCUUUUUCUCCAAGCCUGUGAUCCGAGAUCUAGCAAUCGCGCUCGAGCAUCUCCAAAAGCACAGGUACGACCCUGUCGUCGCCCUACAGCCCGAAGGCACCAAGACGCCCCUCUUCCUCUUCCACCCGGGCACCGGCGAAGUACUGUCCUUCAUGAACAUCUCCCGCCACUUCCCCGACCGCCCGAUCUACGCUCUCCGCGCCCGCGGUUUCGACAAUGAACUCUUCUUCUCCACCCUCGACGAGCUCAUCACCACAUACCACACCGCAAUCAAAAAAGUCCAGCCCACCGGUCCCUACGCCUUCCUCGGCUACUCCUUCGGCAGCUUUCCCGCCUUUGAGAUCACAAAGCUGUUAGAGGCUGCUGGCGACGAAGUUAAGAUGCUCGCCGUUCUCGACCAGGCACCAUUUCAGCAGGAGCGAGCCCGCAAGUACGAUUGGUACGAAGUCAGCUUGACGAUUGCUUUUUUCCUGGGUCUCUGCACGGAGGAGUUUGCGUACAAGGCUAUGCCUGCCUACCGCCUCUGUUCCCAUUCCCAAGUCCUCGAUGCUAUCUUCAUGAUGGCUCCGAAGCAUCGGAUUGAGGAGCUUGGCAUGACGAAGGAGAAGCUUGAUAACUGGGCAAACUUGGCAUUGCAUCUGAAGAAGACUGUGUGUGAUUGGGAGCCGACGGGUGUGGUCAGCAAGAUGGAUGUCUUCUACACGGGUCCGCUGGUUGGCUUAGUUCCUGCGAAGACGACUGAUGAGUGGUUUAUGAAUUUUAUUGCGCUGUGGGGGCAGUUUGUGGAAGAUGGCGAGGGAAGUGUUACGUUCACUGAGGUCGGUGGUACGCAUCGGACAAUGAUCAGCCCUCCACACCUUACUGGCUUCAUCAGAACCUUUAAGAAAGUGAUGGAGGCAAGAGGACUUUGA